AUGAGCGACCAUGAAGGCGACGGCCUCGAUCUUGAACGAUGGGAGUCAACAACUUUCACCUAUGGUUCAGUCUACUCUUAUGCUGCGUCGGAAGCCGACAAUCAAGCGCUUGUCCCGACCGCGAACUCAAUCUACUCACCAGCGAGACCUCGUAACUGGCCUUCACGAGAACCACUACUAGAUCGGCUGUCCUCUACGAGGCCUCUCGGACGCUAUGCUGGAAGGCAUCCCAAUCGGCCCUUCAAGAGUCCCGCACAGCUCAAAUGUGAAGGUGGAAGUGAGCCGAAUGACAAGUUCAAUUUGAAUGACCCCUGGAGUAGGGUAAGGUCCAUGGCGUUAAGGUUUACGUCGGUCCCGCACCCACAACAGGCCAUUGUGAACAUUAUGAACAAGAAUGAGACAUACAUUCGUGAGCCAGCAGAUGAUGACGAACGUCUCUACAUCUGGGGAACUCCUGAACAGGUUGAUAGUACAAAGGCCGAAUUGUCAGGUUGGGUACAGAGCAUCCGAAGCGCGUUCGCCAAUACUAGGCCAAUGUGGAGCAAGCUGAACGCAAUGGACGGUAGGACCGAGCAGCGCUUGGAUCGCCAAAACAAACAGCAGGCAUUGAAUAGACAUAUUCGAGAUGCCGAGCUACCCUUCACUGUACAAGCUGCGCUGCUGUGGCCCAGAGACGUGGACAUUUAUGAGUUUCAAGAAGCUAACGAGGAUGCACUCGAACAGCUGAGAGGCACAUGCGUCUGCCACAUUGCCUUUCAAUGUACCGAUCUUCAACACGUGAUCAUAGAAACAUACUUUGAAAAAGAGAUGAUGAAACUCACGAGCAGAAUUCUGAACCUGAUCAAAGAGACUGUGUCUAAGCGUGAGCAGGUUUCCAGGGUGAGCAUGCUGCACCUCCCAGGCUUUGAGAUUUACAGAGAUCGGGUCGGCCUGCGAGACAAAGAUCCACAGUCCGAUUCGUAUCUUCCAACCCUGCACGGCAAUCUCGCUCCCAAUGAACCUGAGUACAGCGCCAAACGACUUAAGUCUCUCAGCAGCAAUCGGGUGAAGAUCAAGCAUAUACUCGAUACAUCACUGAAGCGGCUGAGAAUGUCUCAGCAGUAUGUGCGCAUGAGAGUGGUGUUUGGCGAACUGGGUUUUACGCUGUUCCAGAAGCCGGAAGGCGGAGCUGAGACGUACAGCUUUGAAGAUUUCUCAAAAAUGGUUACCAGUGGCCGAACAAAACUCAGCCUCAACAAUCUACCGGUCAGACAAGGCAAAAUCCUAGACUUGCCUGACGUGCUUGACUCGAUGGAUGCGUUUUCUGGCCGUACAGAAACAUACGGGGCGUACUUUGACUUCGCUGGGAAGGGCUUUAGCACUCUUCGACUUGCCACUUCAUUCGUACCCAAUGCAAUGGGCGAAGUUGACACCCUGGAACAGCAGUGGCUGGAAAUCGGUGAGAAGGUCUCCAUGCUGGAGAUCAGCAUGUUGUCCUUUGAUCGUCCUGACCUACAAAUCACCCUCGAUGCCUUUCCGUUAUACUCUGGCGCGGAAUCCAGACCGGAAAUGGAGAAAUUCCGUCUCCACGUAUCAUUCAGUCCGCCAAAAGACGGCAUCAAGGCUGACACGCAACGACACGUCCAUUAUAUACAGGCAUUCAAUCAAGUACGCAAAGUUCAUGAAUUGACCAUGCUCAGAUGGAGGUUUCGACAGACCGACGGCAUCUUUGAGCUGCGUCGAAAAGACGUCUAUGAUGAGACCAAACUCUAUCAGCACCCGCAGCCGGUUGAAUCACGUUGGCACGCGCUGUACUACUAUCCCGAAUGGGAUAACCUCAUGGGACACUUCUCAACCAUCAAGCCAGGUGAAGACAUCAGCUGGAGCAAAUCGGUCGCAACCUUCUUUCCUGAGAGUGACAGCUCAGGACGUGCUCUGCCGAAAGGCUUCAAGAAGUUCAUGGCUGAGGUGGAAGAGAUCCAAGGUCUUCUCGGAGAGGCCAUCAAUAGAGUGGACAAGGGCAAGAUGAAGGCAAAUGGCUCUCACGACGACGAGCAAGCUAUGAGUGGCGCCUGA